CUUACUUGUAACAUAUGUUUGGUCAGGUGUACCACAGUAAUGCUUUCUGCUUGCUAGCUACUGAACUUUUUGUAAUGUGUAGAUCUGGGACUCGUGAGUCACACAAGGAGGGUGAAACAGAAAUUGAGGACUCUCUGCUGAACAUGGAGAAAAAACUCCGCAUUAGGAGAAGAUGGCAAGAGUCUGAUUCAGACUUCCAGUCUACUCUUAAGUUCUACUCUAAGAUGUGGAGCGUGAGCUCAGAGCUCCAACUGAUCUGCAAGGCUAGAACUGAAUCAAGGAAGAGAGCAGUCCUCCUCCACCUGGAAAGAAAAUAUCCAGAUGGGCAGGGCAUUGCCAUUAGACUCUCCAAGCAGGUAGUCAGCUCCAACAAGAGACUGAGACAGGCAAUAAAAGAAUACAACAGCAUUCAAUGGCCCCCGCAGAUGAGCAUCUUCCCUGCAACAAUUGAUUUUCAGGAAUCAUGUGAUCCCUCUUUGCAUGUCUACUUCUGCUUUGAUGACACUAUUGAAGAAGAAGAUGUUUCGAGGAGUCUAAAAAGGCGACGGAUUGAUGCCUUACAUAUGAAGACUCGGGCAGCUGAGGAAAAGCGUAUGCUUUACCAGGAAAUGAGAAGUGUAACUGAACACCUCCAUCAGCAGCAUGCCUUUCUAUACUCUGCCAUCAAAGACACUGAGCAGCCUGGUGCAAAAGCUGCUCUCAUUCAACGUCUCCAUCAGCUGGAAAGAAAACGACAUCAAGCCAUUGUGAUGUUUCACCCACAUGUGGCAGACAUUGUUCCUGCAGACAACCCCCACUUGUGUCGGGCCCUCCCCAUGCCAAGCAUACAGACACUGGUAUACAAUGAUGAUAGUGAUAAUGAUGACAGUGAGGAUGAAUAUGAUAACUAG